CCUGGGAGAGAUGAUUCUGCACCUAAGGAAGCAGGUGGAAAGCCUUUUUAAUGCAAAGUAUGCGGAGGCCCUGGGUCUCCCUGAGCCCACCCGGGUUCCCUACUCCAAGUUCCAGACGUACCCCGAGGACCUGUCUGUGACGGGCCUCCCCGAUGGCAUGGCAUUCCGCCGGCCCAACUGCUUCGGCAUCUCCAAGCUGCACAAGAUCCUGUCCGCCAGCGACCACGUGCGAUUCCACAUCAAGCGACCAGAGCUGCUAACUGAAGGCUUGAAGCUUGACGCUCAUCAACCCCCCAGCAACCCAGGUGUGGAACUGCACUCCAAGGACUCUGGAAUGGAUGAAUUACAAGCUGCAGCAAAGAGACCUGGGUACUCAGGUAAGCACAGUUUAACACACCCUGCAGGAAAACAAUUUUCUGAGAACAAUUAAACAACAGUAACUA